AUGAAACCUGAUACCCCUAUUGAAACCAGAAGAAUGUCAAAGAGAAACCAAUCUUUUUAUAGAAAAUCAAAAGAUGAUACCAAAUAUACAAGUUUAGCUAUUGACUUAACCGAUUCUGAUUCAGAAAAACCUUCUUCCGAAUUAACCCCUCAACUUGAUGAAACUCAAAAGGUUUUAAAAAAAGAAAUUGGUUUUUCCAAAUUAAAUCCCAAGCAAAACUUCAAACAAAAAUCUAUUGCCCAACAACUUUCUGAUUUUACUUCUUCCUCUUCUAAUGAGGACGAUUUUGAUUUUAUAACUUCCCUUCCUUAUUCCGAAAAUCAACCUUCUAGAAAGAAAAAAAAACCUAAAAGGUAUUCUCCUACAGAAAAUGAAAAUGAAAAUGAAUCUACUAAAAAUAUUUUACCAACAAUCCGAAGAAAAAUCGCCAAAAGAGAUCAACUUGAUGACCAAAAUAAUGAUAAAGUUUUUCAACUUAGUAGUAGCAAUGAAAGCUCCAACGACUCGGGUUUCAAUAAAAGAAAAAAGCUAGAUUUAAGUUCAGAUGAUGAAAAUUCAAAUUACUAUGGUGAUAAUGACGAUGAUAAGGAUAAUAGUAAAGCUGAUCUAGCUUCCAAUCACAUAAGAAAGAGAUUAAGAACUGCCACACAAGAAAAUCAAAAAAAUAAUUUUGUUGAAAAAAAAGCUGAUGUGGUAAUUUUGUCUGAUUCUGAGGUAGAAGUGUUAACAAACAAGAAUUCAAAAAUUAUAGAUACCGAAGCUACACCCCAUCCUCAAUUAGAGAAAAAAGAUAGCUCUAUUCCGAAAAUUCAACACGAAAUGAACCAUCAACCGCCUAAGUCGAGACGAGGUAGAAAACCCAAAUCAACUACCCAAAAUAGGUUUUUGAACAGAAAGAUCACAAGAAGAUCAACAAAACAGAACGAAAAACCAUUUUCUCAUAAUAAGGUAAUUUCUGAUUUUGAAUCUGAUGAAGAUUCUAAUGAAGAUUUUACAUUGAUUUCAUCUACUAUUAAAAAACAGGACUUGGAUGGCAAUUUGACGAGAAGAUUAAGAACUUCAACCAUUUUAAAGAUUUCUCCAAAGAAAUUAACAUCCAAAAAAGGUGAAAAUUUAGAAAAAAAUAGAAAGACGGUUUUUGGAAGACCAAAUAUUAAAUCAAAAGAUUUGAAGAAUGUAAAAGAUGAAAAUAAUAAACAUUAUGUUAUUAACAUUGAAGAUAAAGAUGAGGAAGACAAAUUUGAAUCAUCCACUGUUGAAAUAAAUAAAAAUGAUGACUUGGAAUCAGAAUUGGAAUCUGAAGAACAUCGUGUUUCUGAAACUAACAUUAAUCAAACAAAGAACAAAAGAAAAUCAAAGCGUAAAGAAGAUAAAGAGGAUAAAAUAGAUAAAGAGGACAUUGAACUAAAGAAUAAAUAUGUUAUUGUUUCAGAAGACGAAGUAAAAACUGAUAUUUUUGAAAUCAACAAUCAACAAAGAACUAAAUCAAAAAACAUACAAAAUAAGGAUAAAGAAAACCAUAAAAGUGAUACAACCGUGGCUGUUGAGAAAUAUAUUAAAUUAUCAAAGGGAAGAAAAAUGAGCACUGGAAGGAUUAAAAAGCCUAUUUCUAAAGGGGCAAGGCAUUCUUCAAGAUUGCAAACAACCGCUAAAAUUCAAAAGAAAAGUGGAGAAAUUAUUGAUAUACUGGAUUCAUCAAGUGAAGAUGAAAAUAAUGAAGAUGAACUUCAAUCUAAGGUUAAGAUUGUUAAAUCUAAAUCAUCAGAAGGUUUAUUUGUUAGCGAUGAAUCAGAAGAAACUAUUAAUGUGGAUGAUGUGACAUCUGCAAAAUUGGACGAGCCUUCUGUUGUGAUUAAAGCCAAAGAGGAAUCUAUUAUCACUGAUUCAAGCCCAGUUAACAAUGAAAAGACCAUAAAUGAAAUAAAGCUAAAAUCAUUUGUUGAAAAUUCUCCAAUUCAAUCUUCUUUUACUACCAGUGAAAUUUUCAAAGGAUUUGUUAGUAAGAUAGUUAGUAGCUUUCGUCCUAGAUCUGAAACCUCUAUUUCAUCUUCUAUUAACGAAAACCAAAAUAAAGCUGAAACGGAAAUUCAAGAAAAAAUUGAUGAAAAGGUUGAUGAGAACGUUCAAGAAAAGGUUGAAGUUGAGAAAAAAAAUGUAGACAAUAAAAACUCCUUCAGUGAUGCCAGUAUGGACGAAGUUUUUGUUGAAGCCUCAGAAAUAAUUACUUUUAUUUCUUCAGAUGAAAAUGAUGAGGGUUAUUAUCAGAAACUGGAUUUAGUUUACAAUGAAGAUGAAAUUUUUAUUGAAAAAACUCAAAUGUUUUUUUUUGAAGAAGAUGCUUUCAUUCAAAGUUCUUUAAAAGACGUUGCAGAAAAGAUUGAAAACUCGGAUAAAUUGGUUUUUAGUGAUAAAAAAGUCAAUGAGAGUAAAAUUUUGUCUGAAGUAAACAAUAAUCUUGAUAGGAUAAAAGUUGAUACUGAAAUUGAAAAAAAGAACGAAGGGGAAACAGUUGAUAAGUUGUCAAGUGAAAAAAGUAUUGAUAAGAAUCCAGAAAAUACCCUGGAUUCAAUUUCAGAUGAUGUAGUAAAUUCUGAAAAAGAAGAAAUUAAAAAUAUUAUUAAUCAAGCUUUGAAAGUUGAUUCAAACAAAGAAAGCUCUGAAAACGAUGAAAACAUUAAAAGCAGAAUUUCUAACCAAGAUUUUACUCUAGAAAAAAUUAAUGGAAAAACAAGUGAAAAAGAGAAAGAAGCUAUUCUUGAUAAAAUUGAUAUUCAAAACUCAAAUAUCGAAAGUCACAAUGUUCAAAAUGCUGAUGAAGAAAAAGAUAAUGAACAAAGUACUAAUAACAAAAAUACUGAAAGACUUACUUGGGAAAAAAUUGAAGCUGAAAAUGAAACCGAUGAAAACGAGAAGAAUGAAGGAGGAGAUAAUCAAAACAAAAAGAAUGAAAAAAUUACUGAAGAAAAAAUUAAUCAAAAGAAAGGCGUUGAAAAUAUUACUGAAGCGGAUGAUGAAUAUAAGCAAGCAUCUGACUUGAAAAGCUCGGAAACAAACAACGAAAUAGAUGAAUUUAUCAAAAAUAAAAUCGAUACUACAAACGAUAAUAUAGUUUCCAACACUAGUUUAUCAGAUGAUUAUUUUUUUAUCAGUAAAAAUGAGGAAGCAGAGUUGUUUCAGGCCAUUUCUAAUGAUCUUGAUAUUACACAACCACCAAAGCAAAAACCGGCACAAAACAAUAUUGGCAAUGGUAUCGAUUUAUCUAGGAAACUAGAAAACUCGAUAGGUGAAACAAAUAUCCAAGGUAUUGAAAAUAACGGAGUUAAAUUUGAAGAUAAAACAGUUGAAAAUAAUGAAAUAUUUGUUUCCGUUUUCAGUUCUCAAACAUAUAAAAUGUUUGCUGAAAGUGAUGAAGAAAAUUUUGAGAUUUUAGAAAAGGAUUGA